AUGCAUCUGUAAAAAUGCAAUAGAUUUUAGAUAAAAAAAUAAUAAGAAAUAAAUGUAUCCUUUAUAAUUAAGAUAAUACUAUUAUAAUUGAAGCAGAAGAUGAAACACAUAUCUAUAAUGUAAGACAUUCUGUAAUAGAGGCAAAGGAGAAAUUUACUGAACAUAAUAAAAAUGAAAAAUCAUUAGAAACCCUUUCAUAAUUGUAAUUAUUAUGAAAAAGAUUUGAUUUUAGUAAUAUAUUUUGAACCCUGUAUAAUGUGUGUUAUGUCUUUAGUUCAUUCAAGAAUUAAGGAUGUGUAUUUUUAUCAAAAGAGAGUGAUAGAAGAAGGAGUCAAUGAUCAAUUAUAACUUAAUAAUAUGAAACAACUAAAUCAUAAAUAUUUGGUGUUGUAUUAGAAUUGA